GUGAGGUCCCCCAAGCUCACCUUCUUCCAGACACUGGUGUCUCUGGUCCUGGGGGCAAUGGCCCUCUUGUCCUCCUACUGGUGUGAGGGCAGUCAGAAAGUCCCCAAGCCCCUCUGCUCGGCCAACAAACUGACCAAAUGCAUCCCUGUGCCCGGGGUCUCGCAUAACUCCACCUCCAUCCAGUUCUCCUGGGAGACGGGGGACGACCGCUUCGUCUUCCCUGCCUUCCAUGCAGGCAUGUGGAUGAGCUGUGAGGAGAACAUCUACACCGACGCCUGGGGUGAGACUUUGGGGGGUGAAAAUGGAUGGUUGGAACUUUAAUACCUGUAGGUUUGUGCACAAGAGUGGCAUAUAGUGGGUUCAAAGUGGGGGAGUUGCAGUCACACAGUAAUGUUACUAUGGGAAGCAAGGAGCAAAAUGGGUAAGAAAGGGGAAAAUCACUGGUGAGAUGAAACGCAAUUAGAGUCUAGGUACGGUGGAGUGUGUGUGUGUGUGAGCUCUUGCACUCUCUAAAGAGGAUUAUUAUCGGUGCUCUGUUCAGGGAGAUUUAGAUUCUAACAACAUGACUCAAUUAUGGAUUAUGACCAGAUAGAGAGAAAGGUUCAUAUUAUUCAACCCCCCCGGCUUGACUGGACUCAACACCCUAAAGCUGAGGCUGGAGAAGACUUGAUAGAGCUGUGGGAUUUCUACUGACAAUGAAGGAUUUGAGGAUAUCUUGUCUGGUGGAUGAGAAGUAUUAAAAAGACAUACUGUUCUCAUACAUGACUACCCACUGGGCACAAACUGGUUGAAUCCACGUAAUUUGUCAACAUAUUGUGAUGUGGAAUCUGUGGAAAAUACAUUGGAUUGUAAAAAAGUCAUUAAAGUUAACUGUUGUUUUGAGGGUGAAAUUUCAACCACAGGAUUAUGUAAUUAUGGUAACCAAAUUUCAACAUCGACAAACCUUGUAUAAAAUAUGUUGAAUUUGUACCUUCGAAACAACGUCAGACAUUCAACGUUAUAUCCACUAUCAGAAAAAAAACAGCACCUCCUACUGGAGAAUUGACCUAGCGUCAGCUACCUCUGGUCUCCCAUACAGGCCCGCCCCUGCUUAGCUACAAUAUUUGUCACAGACUAUUACCAAGGUGCUAUUGUGAGAGUGAUUGUUGAGAAAUCUCCACUUAGAACCUAAAAAUAUUCACUGUUGCUAUCGAAGCCAUUCCAAAUGGAAGCAAAUAUAACAAGACCAUACUUUAACACUCAUAUAUCAUCAAUGAUGCUAUUUAAAGCUGCAAUAUGUUACAUUUUGGGCGAUCAGACAAAAUUCACAUAGAUAUGUGUGUUAUAGCUAUGUCAUUCUCAUUGAAAGCAAGUCUAAGAAGCGGUGGAUCUGUUCUAUGUGCGCUAUUUAUAUGCUUCCUGUUCUUAAGUUUAGUUUUUGCGUCUUUUACGUUCGUUUUUGUACACCAUCUUCAAACAGCUGAAAAUACUAUAUUUUUGUUUAUGGAAAAUAUAUUUCACAGCGGUUUAGAUGGUACAAUGAUCCUCUACACUAUACCAGCUUAUUUUGUCACAUAAACUGAAAUUAGGCGAACUAUUAGAAUUUUAGCAACCAGGAAAUGGCGGAGCGAUUUCUACAUAGUGCAUCUUUAAGGCCUAUAUAAUAUUUGCAAAGUCAUCAACAGCUAUUGUUUAAAUUCAACUAGAAUUCAACUAAAAAUAGACAAUACACUAGGCCUAGGAUUUCAAAUGUAAUGAUAUUUAGUGAUAUUGAAUGCGUUUGGAUUUCAAUCAAAUCAAACUUUAUUUAAAGUGCAUUUCAAGUUUUUGUUGAUUUAGUCCUAUUCUUUAACUUCAUUGUUUUGGGUUGAGCUGGAGACGUGAAUCCAACAUAUCAAUUAUUAAUCUGUAGACAAACUGGAAGUAAAGCCAGACUAAGUCAGUGGCACAGAUGGAACUAUCCAAGCAUAAGAUACAUCUCCUUCAAAUGUAGAUAUUUGCUUGCGUUGACAACCAAACACAAUUCAAUAUCCAAUUUGUCUCCAAAUUAAUAAAUUAUAUGUUGGAUUCAAGUCUCCAUCUAAACCAAAAAUCAAAUAAAAAAAUAGGACUAAAUCUAAUUGAAUCAAACUUUAAAUGCACUUAUUUAGUCAUAUUCUUUAACUUAGAUUUUUGGUUUAGAUGGAGACAUGAAUACAACAUGUUAAUGAUUAACUUGAAGAUUACAUUUCAAAUCAACCAAAGCUUGAAACCCUAGGCCUCUACUGUAUGUAUUGUCUAUUUUUUUGUUGAAUCCUGGGUUGCAAAUUCUAUACAGGCCUAAAUAGUAUCAUUGAUGAUAUAUGACUUAUAAAGUAUGGUUACAUUUCAUUUUUCUCUGUUAAACCUACCUUUUAAUGUAAUCGUAACUGCAGUCCAGGUCAUUUGGUUCUGCUGUCAGAUGAAACACAGUGAUAACACGAUAAUCUGUUGUAUAAAUAAACCAAAAAUCAGAUAUUGUUUUUCCAUUGGAAUUUGGUUGUGCUUUUAGAUGGUUGACAGCAUAGUGAUAACACAUUGGAAAAACCCUUGGCUGUCUUUUUGAGUUGGUGAAUGUAGGUUGUAAUCUCAUUGAUCAACGUCUCAACCAAAUAUGACCCAAUGUGCCCCGUGGGUAGAAAGGUUUCCUGAAGGACAGCUAUUCCUGAUGCUAUGUAUUUAAUCUGUCCCACACAGAAAUUAACCUUAUCUGAUAUAAUAAAUAAUGAUCAUCGUAAUAUCUGUCUUUCGUUUUUUAGAGGAAAAGUGUCGCAGUUUUCUUUCUUUAACUCCAGGAGGUGAAAAAGGUAAAUUAUUCUGCAGUGUCAAGAGUGUAUGUUGGUACACAUUGCACAGUCAUGACAUAGUUGUACUGUAAUCGUCCUCUCUCUCCCUGCAGGAAUGUUGUGGCUGUCAGUGUCGAUGGAGCUCAUGUAUGUUGGGCUGCUGUGUAUCAGCUGUGUGCUGCUGUCUCUGCAGUUGUGUCUGGAUGCCUUUUGGCCCUCACAGCGCUGGGGACAGCUCCUCAAUGCCUACUCCGCAAUCUUCACUAUCUUAGGAGGUACACAUUUUACAUUAGAUUCUAUUUUUUUGAUAAUUUAGCACAUAGUUUCCCAAACUUGGUUCUGGGACCCCCCUGGGUGCACAUUUUGUUUUUUGCCCUAGCACUACACAGCUGAUUCAAAUAACCAACUCAUCAUCAAGCUUUGAUUAUUUGAGUCCGCUGUGUAGUGCUAGGGCAAAGUUUGGGAAACCCUGGUUUAGCAGACGCUAUUAUGCGGAGCAACUUACAGUCAGUGUGUUCAACUAAGGUAGGUAAGACAACCACACAUCACAGUCAUUGCAAGUAAAACUUUCCUCAAUAAAGCUAUUAGUGAAAUCAGUGCUUGUAUGAAAAAGUCUCUCUGAUCUAAUCCACAUAAACGCUUUCAAUGUCUGCCAUUUAAUCUCUGUUUUAUUAUCUUAGGGUUACUGGGAAUGGUGGCUCACAUGAUGUUCAUGCAGGUGUUUCAGACUACUGCCUCUAUGGGUCCAGAGGACUUCAAACCACACAGCUACAGCUACUCCUGGGCCUUUUAGUGAGUCUGCACGCACCACACACACACACACUGUUUACUAAAGUACCACUACUCAUUCUCUGAUCUUCAGUGUGCUCUGCUCCUCUUUUGGUCUCUAAGAGCAAGUGUGCUUAAGUGCUUACAUUUUCCCCCUUUAAAUAAGAGAGACACCCAAUAAUUUACCUCAAGGACUCUCAGGAGACCUGGGCUCCUGUUAAAGACCUCUGUCCAACUCAAAUAGAUUAUUGCAAUAUCGCAUAUGCCUUGUAGCAAUUGUGUUUUAGUAAGAUAAGGGUAUGAAAUAUGUUUGCAACAGUAGGCUUGCACACAUGGAUUCAGAUGAACACUAUCCACCUUGCUGCUCCUUUCUCUUUACUCUGUUUCUCUCUCUCAGUGUGGCAUGGCUGGCCUUUACCUGCUGCAUGUUGUCAGGAGUCUCCACCCUCAACAACUACACCAAGAAGGCUGUAAUGGAGCGGAGGCGUAAAGCCCGCCUGUACCCCCCUCGAUUCCCUGACAUAAAGCCCCUGCUACCCCCGGCCUCCUGCUACUGCCCUCUGCCACCACACCCCUGCAUGUCCCUACCAUCCCCAGAACUCUCACCCCCUGUCGCCCUACUAUGACCCCCCUUCGCCACCCCCACCCUCAUCACCCCAUCCACUCACCCACUCCCUAUCCCUCCCCCACCCUGAAUACUUACCACCUCCCCCGUCCCACCCUGCUCCCCUGUCCCCCUAUCACCGCCACUCCCUCCCCUCUCCCUCCAUCUCUCUGCCCCUCUACGUCCACAGUUACACACCCCAGUACUACUCAGAGGACAGGGGCAGAGAUAUGGAGGAAGAGGGGAGGGAGUACUCAGAUGAGGAGUACAGCCCACUUUGA